GGGACUGGGAUGCGUGGCGCAGGAGUGGUGCAGGAGCCCCGCCUACCACCAUGUGGCUGGAAGGGAAGGAGUGAAGGCUUGGAGCCAGCCAGGCCCUAUUUCUCCCAUCUCAGCACCGAGCUUGCUUUCUUGGGAUCAAAGCCAGAGGAGAAGCCAGCAGAGCUGGAGACCAUCGGGUACUGUGGGUGACCACUGUCCAAGUGCCAGCAAGUGCUGGGGUGCAGGGACCACCAUGGGUGCUGGGAGGCAUGGAGGCUUCUCCCAGCCUUCCCUCCUGUCCCACCUGUGCCCUGAGGAUGCCUUCGGGGAGCCCACUAACGGCGCUCUGUGUGCCCCCUGUGGGACCUGUUCCACCACAACAUUGCUAGUGGUCACACUGGUGUCAGUGGCCUUGGUGCGUGGCACUGGAGGAAAUGGGGAAAUGGGGCAGGGGCCCGGCUGCAGGGUUGUGGGCUGCUCACCAGAACCAGUACUUACCUUGUCCUCUGGCCUGGGGUGGAAAUUCCUCCUGCUGAGCAGUGCGGGUCUGUGCAGCACUUGCGGGGGCAGUUGGGGAUCAUCAAAUCUGUUCCCAGGGAGUGUCAGCCUGAAGGAGCCCUGUUUGAGCUGCUGCAUUGGUUUGGGACCCGGUAGGGUCCCUUCCUUGCCAAAAGAUAAGGGUUUAGAAAACUCAGGUCUUCCAUGACAAAGGCUUCUGUGCUUGGGUGUAGGCCAGUGCAGAAGGGGGUAACAGAAAAGGAAGGGGACAGGAUGGAUAGUGAUGGUGGCCUUGGGGGACAGGGAGGAGAGAGAACUGGCUUUACCCCUCCUUGCCCUGCACACAUCUGUUUGAGUCUUUUACAGUGGAAACAAGUAUAUGUGUUCGUGGGGCAAGUUUCUAAACCCACGAAGGAUGCCCCCACCUGGAGAAGAGUGGGGGCUGCCUUCAUCUUAGUCCGUGCUACCCAGGGAUACACCUGAUGCCAGGAUAUUUUUCAAGGGGUGGCUUUGCUCUGGAGUUAGCUUUAGAAUUGCCAGUCCUGCCCCGUGUGCUUCCAUAGCCCUCUCUGAUGGGCUGGCUUCCUUUUGCCAGAGUGAGAGGGUGAGUGACUGGCUCGGUGACCCGGGUGGCCUUGCCUGCCCUCCCCUCUGAGCCCCGCCUCCCCUUGGGGAGCUGGUCAGUGCGAAGUGCAGGCUUUGUGGGAGGUUACCAGCCCAGGACUCCCCUGGGCCGUAUUCCACAUCUGCCUUGCUCCUGCUUCUUUGAUUAACAUUGACUGUGGCUACUUUCGUGCUUCACAUGCAGGGUUGAGUAGUUACGACUGUGACCACGUGGCCUGAGCAGCCUACGUUAUUUACCGUGUGGCCCCGGGCAGGAAAAUUUGCUGGCCUGAGAGUAGAUGGCUGGCCCCUUUCCACAUGCAGUGGUUCCUGAUAGUUCUCAGAGCUGACCCGUUCGAUGUCAGGGGUUUUCCAGAGCCAGAUGAUGGUUUUCAGGUGUCCGAUUCUGCCCCACCUACCCCUGGGGUGAUCUUUGAUCUAAUCAAGAUCCGGCUUUUCCUCUAGCAAGGCCGCUCUGGCCCAUAGAUUCCCUGACUGGAAUCCGCUGGCCCUGGCUGUGUGGGGCCAAGGCAGCCUGCCCCGUUCUCCCUUGUCAGGCUUUCAUUUUCCGUUUCUCAUCCUCUUUAUAAAAACAAUGAGAUGCAAUGAAGCCAGGUGCUGCAGAGAGGCUGUGGCAAGGCAGAGGGGAUGACCCAGAGACCCUUGUCCUCUGGACGCCCUGCGGUGCCCCCACCAAGCACCAACCUGCGAUUCUAGGUGCUCCAUCUCACCAGGAGACUUCUGGGGCAAAGGCUGUUCGAAAAGCUCAUGAAGAUGACCUUCUACGGGCAGUUUGUGGCCGGCGAGGACCAGGAGUCCAUCCGGCCCUUGAUCCGGCACAACAGGGCGUUCGGAGUGGGCUCCAUCCUGGACUACGGGGUGGAAGAGGAUCUGAGCCCUGAGGAGGCUGAGCGCAAGGAGAUGGAGUCCUGUACGUCCGCUGUAGAGAGGGAGGGCAGUGGUACGAGUAAGAGGGAGAAGCAGUACCAGGCCCACCGGGCCUUUGGAGACCGCAGGGAUGGUGUCGUCAGCGCCCGCACCUACUUCUAUGCCAGUGAAGCCAAGUGUGACAGCCACAUGGAGACAUUCUUGCGCUGCAUCGAGGCUGCAGGCGGAGCCAGUGAUGAUGGCUUCUCAGCCAUUAAGCUCACUGCACUGGGGAGACCUCAGUUUCUGCUGCAGUUCUCAGAUGUGCUGACCAAGUGGAGACGAUUCUUCCACCAAAUGGCUGCAGAGCAAGGGAAGGCUGGUCUGGCUGCCAUGGAUACGAAGUUGGAGGUGGCCGUGUUGCAGGAAAGUGUGGCAAAGAUGGGCAUCGCCUCCAGGACGGAGAUUGAGAACUGGUUCACUGCGGAGACCCUGGGCGUGUCUGGCACCCUGGACCUGCUGGACUGGAGCAGCCUCAUUGACAGCAGGACCGAGCUCUCCAAGCACCUGGUGGUCCCUAACAUGCAGACAGGACAGCUGGAGCCUCUGCUGUCUCGGUUCACUGAGGAUGAAGAGCUGCAGAUGACGAGGAUGCUGCAAAGGAUGGACAUCCUGGCCAAGAAAGCCACGGAGAUGGGCGUGCGGCUGAUGGUGGACGCCGAGCAGACCUACUUCCAGCCGGCCAUCAGCCGCCUGACCCUGGAAAUGCAGCGCAAGUUCAAUGUGGGGAAGCCACUCAUCUUCAACACGUACCAGUGCUACCUCAAGGACGCCUAUGACAACGUCACCCUGGACGUGGAGCUGGCUCGCCGCGAGGGCUGGUGCUUUGGGGCCAAGCUGGUGCGGGGUGCAUAUAUGGCCCAGGAACGUACCCGCGCCGCAGAGAUUGGCUAUGAGGACCCCAUUAACCCUACGUACGAGGCCACCAAUGCCAUGUACCACAGGUGCCUCAACUAUGUCCUGGAGGAGCUGAAGCACAACACCAAGGCCAAAGUAAUGGUGGCCUCCCACAAUGAGGACACAGUUCGCUUCACGCUGCACAGCAAAACUUUGGUAGAAUCCGUACAAGUCAGAUAUAGGACUAAGGAUGGAGGAGCUGGGCUUGUACCCUGCCGAUCGCCAGGUGUACUUUGGACAGCUACUGGGCAUGUGCGACCAGAUCAGCUUCCCACUAGGCCAGGCAGGCUUUCCCGUGUACAAGUAUGUGCCCUAUGGCCCUGUGAUGGAGGUGCUGCCCUACCUGUCCCGCCGUGCCCUGGAGAACAGUGGCGUUGUGAAGGGCGCCUGGCGGGAGCGACAGCUGCUGUGGCAGGAGCUCAAGCGGAGGCUCCGCACAGGCCGCCUUUGCCACCGUCCAGCCUAGUGUUCGUGGGCUACCAUCGUCCUCCACCUUCAGACUCGGCCUCCAGCCCUUGCCCUGUGGGGCUCUGCGUGGCCCCUGGGCCGGUGCACAGCUAUAGCCCAACCCCAGCCUCACGUGGAUUCACCUUUUUAUGCCCCUGAGACCUGCUGGAAGUGGGGCCUCAGCGCCCCUCUGGCCCCUGCUCAGGAUGUGGGCACUCAGGCUGUGUCUGAUGCCUGCCAGAGCCACUGGGAACUGUCCGGAACUGCCUCCGAACAAGUGGGUACGACUCCCAUCUCUGCCAGGCCCCAGGACCUUGGACCCGAAGGACCACUUUCUGCCAGGGUUCAUCUAGCCCACCUCCCCCCCCCGCCCCCCGCCCCCCGAGCCCCACAGGCGGGCAGUCGCCAGGCUGGGGAAGCCGACCUGGUCAAUAAACCACUAUUUCUGCAGCCCUUAACUUCGUGCCUGCAGUGCU